CUCUCUCUCUCUCACACACACACACACAAACUUUGCAGCUAAUCAUCAUAGCAAACGAACUACUUCUACAGGCAAACCAAAAGCUUUUCGCCAUAUGUAAAGGAUCACAAAGAAGGGUAAGGCUUGACAAUGAAAUCUGAAUUUUGGUUGGACCCGGAAAUUCGCUUUCACGAUGCAGAUGAAGAUAUAUAUACUGGCAAUACUGCUAUAUUAAGUUAGUGAGAUAUUUUCUUCCAUUUGAUAAGUGAAUGAUGGAGCACCUCCAUAAGCUUUAUCCUGGAAUCAUGCCUCAUACUUCUUUGUCAAACAUGAAGGGAACAACUUUAGAUAAGAGACUGGCAUACUUCUGCAAGGCUUUGAUAUCUGUUAGAGAUUCAUGGACAAAGAAUCACGAGUGGAUGAAUUACAAACUCGUAUUUGAUAAGAAUCUUAAUGUGGAAAACACUAUUGUGGAGCAACUUGUUGAUACAGUGUUCGCAACACUAGAUUGCAUGAUAAAGGCAGCAAGGGAAUUAUUCGAUAUGAUGGAUGAGGAAGAUAUGAAGGAAGGUUAUAGUACACAAGCAAAAACAUUCAAAAGUGUCUCCAAUGAAGCUUCAUGUCCAUUAGAAUUGAAUAAUCAAAAUUCCAGCCCCCUCAAUCAGAAGAAUGGGAAGGUUGAAGAAUUAAAACCAAAUGCUAAAGAAGAAAAGAGCAAUUCUGAAGUGACAGUAGCAGAACUAAAACCUGGCAACCCAACAAAACCCUCAAUGUCCAUGCUGCCUUCAAAAGGAUCAGUGCAGUCAGUACCACCUCCCAUGAUGCCUUCAAAAGGACCAGCCCCGUCUCCACCAACACCCAUGCCGCUGCAGAAGCGUCCUGCUCCCCCACCGCCUCCUCCACUUGGUGCCACAAAAUCCCUGCAUCGAAAGUCAGCCACAACUAAGUUGAAGAGAUCUGUCAAGAUGAUUAAUUUGUUUCGGAAUCUCAAGAGAAAUGUAGAAGGGUCUAGCCUUGUUGUUAAUUCAGCUGAUGUUGUUAGUGAAAGAGGAGCUCCAGCUGGUACAAGGACACAAAUUGGAGGCGCUACUGGUUGGAAACAAGGACUGGCCGCUUCAUUAGCAGAGUUGACAAAGAGAUCAUCUUACUUCCAACAAAUAGAAGAAGAUGCUCGAAAGCAUGAAAGGUCAAUCAUGGAGCUGAAGAUAGCAAUUAGGUCCUUCCAAGCGAAGGACAUGGUUAAGCUGCUUAAGUUCCAAAGAAGUGUGGAAUCUUUUCUUGAAGGGCUAACUGAUGAAACCCAGGUGCUCGCAAAGUAUGAAGAUUUCCCUACAAAGAAGCUGGAAGCAUUGAGGACAGCUGCUGCGUUGUACUCAAAAUUGGAUACAAUAGCAACAAACUUGAAGGAACUGCAGAUAGUGGCACCCUUGGACCAGCUCUUCAACAAGGUUGAGAGUUAUUUCAGUAAGAUCAAAAAAGAAUUGGAGGCACUUGAAAGGAUCAAAGAAGAAGAAUCCAAGAAAUUUAAGAGUCAUGAUAUUCAUUUCGACUUCAACAUCCUUACACUGAUCAAGGAAUUAAUGGUGGAUGUUUCCUCAAGCUGCAUGGAGCUAGCACUUAAGGAGAAGAGAGAAGCAAAGGCAGCAAAGGCUAAUGAAGAAAUUGGAUCCAAAGCCGACAGACAAAGAAAGGGAAAUUCUAAAAUGCUUUGGAGGGCUUUUCAACUGGCAUACCGGGUCUAUGCCUUUGCUGGUGGACAGGAUGAUCGUGCUGACAAGCUGGCCGAAGAAGUGGCUCAUGAAAUUACUGCUCAUUCUUAGCAGCAAUAAUCUCCCUUUUCCUUCAGGAAAUUGCUAAACUAGUUCACUUCUGACAUGGGAGAUACUAGUGAAACAUAAUGUAUUUAACCACACUGGUGCAUAUAUUGAAAAAGGUACUUGUUACUUGUACAAAAUUACUAAAUAUUAUACGGACUUGGUGCU